AUGGGGGUGGUUGAAAGUGUAGGUUUCCUGUCCAGUAACACACGUUCUGCCCCUUCCAGGUACCCCCUGACAAACUACACCUUUGGCACCAAGGAGCCCCUGUAUGAGAAGGACAGCUCGGUGGCCGCGCGGUUCCAGCGCAUGAGGGAGGAGUUUGACAAGAUCGGCAUGAGGAGGACAGUGGAAGGGGUGCUGAUUGUGCACGAGCACAGGCUGCCCCACGUCCUCCUGCUGCAGCUGGGCACGACUUUUUUCAAGCUACCUGGUGGUGAACUCAACCCAGGAGAAGAUGAGGUAGAAGGGCUCAAACGCUUAAUGACAGAGAUACUGGGUCGUCAGGAUGGUGUUGCAAAUCAGCAGGACUGGGUGAUUGAUGACUGCAUUGGUAACUGGUGGAGACCCAACUUUGAACCUCCACAGUAUCCUUAUAUCCCAGCUCAUAUUACAAAACCAAAAGAGCACAAAAAGCUUUUCUUGGUCCAGCUUCAAGAAAAGGCUUUGUUUGCAGUCCCUAAAAAUUACAAGCUGGUUGCUGCACCAUUGUUUGAGCUCUAUGACAAUGCACCAGGAUAUGGACCCAUCAUUUCCAGCCUUCCUCAACUUCUGAGCAGGUUCAACUUCAUUUACAACUGAUUUUCCAGACACCUGAAGAAAGAAGAAGCCGUCUCUGUGAGCACAGCUUUAAAAUGUAGAGAAAAAGAAUAUGUGUGAUGCAAGGAUGUGGGUUUGGUUUUUGUUUUUUUUAGUCAUUCUUUUCCUAAAGGCCACUCAACUUUUUAUUGUAUGAAUAGAGAAGUGAACAUCAACUGUUUAGGUAGUGGGAUGGCAAUGUGAUACUAGUGUUCUAAUCACUUUUUGUUGUAAUACUCACCAGGUAUCUUUUUUUUGUACAACAUUAAACAAAAUGGUCAAAAU